AGAGCAUCCCUGCAGGAGAAGCUCAGCCCUGGGAUUAACCUUCCCGCACCGCUGCGGUUCGCAGGGCUGAGCUGCUCCCCAGCUGGGGAAGCCCUUCGCUUUGGUGGCCGCCCGACCGCACGGUGCUGCCGGAUGGGAUGCUCCCAGCAAUGGUGCUGGACAGGCGGGGAGGGAUCCUCUCGUGCAUUGACGGGCACCUGCCGUCUCUCUGGUGGUGAAUUUAAAACGCCUGCUUCCAUUCUUCAGGCUGCUCCGCCAGCCCGGAGCAGCGCCGUGUGCUGCAGUGGGACCGGGGGAUGAUGCUUACAGGGCUUUUCCCCCUUGGCACGCAGGCGGCGGUGCUCGGGAGGCUGCUGCAGUCCAGCCCCCCCCUCCUGCUUGCCCCCCAGCUCGUGGGCUUCAUGUGAGAGAUGGCGAAUGCCGAAGUGAGCGUCCCGGUGGGUGAUGUGGUGGUUGUACCAAGUGACGGCAACGAAGGGGAGAACCCGGAGGAUACCAAAACCCAAGUGAUCCUUCAGCUCCAGCCGGUGCAGCAGGGGAUUUACCAGGAGGGCUCAGAGGCAAGUGCUGCUGUUGUGGCCGUGGAAACGCACACCAUACACAAACUAGAGGAAGGGAUCGACCCCAGCACCAUUGAAACAAACGAGGAAAUUGAGAUUGCCUAUCCCAUCACCUGCGGGGAGAGCAAAGCCAUCCUGCUCUGGAAGAAGUUUGUCUGUCCAGGAAUUAAUGUCAAGUGUGUAAAGUUCAAUGACCAACUGAUCAGCCCGAAGCAUUUUGUUCACCUGGCUGGGAAGUCUACCCUGAAGGACUGGAAGAGGGCUAUCCGUCUCGGAGGAAUCAUGCUGAGGAAGAUGAUGGACUCGGGACAGAUCGACUUCUACCAGCAUGACAAAGUUUGCACCAACACGUGCCGAAGCACCAAGUUUGAUCUCCUGAUCAGCAGCGCCAGAGCACCGAUGCCGGGGCAGCAGAGCGUGGUGCAGACCCCCACCUCAGCUGAUGGGAGCAUCACCCAGAUUGCACUGUCGGAGGAAAGCAUGGAGGAGGGGAUCGAGUGGAACUCUGCUUUGACAGCUGCUGUCACCAUGGCCACUGAGGAGGGCAUGAAAAAGGACACGGAUGAGAUCUCAGAGGACACGCUGAUGUUCUGGAAGGGAAUAGCUGAUGUGGGGUUGAUGGAAGAGGUCGUGUGCAACAUCCAGAAGGAGAUAGAAGAAGUGCUGAGAGGCGUCCAGCAGAGGCUGGGGCAGUCUCCCUUCCAGAUGACAGAUGCUGCAGUUUUGAACAACGUUGCUCACACGUUUGGCCUGAUGGACACAGUCAAGAAGGUUCUGGACAACAGGAAAAACCAGACAGAGCAAGGAGAAGAGCAGUUUCUUUACACACUUGCAGCCUUUCUCUUUGCAGACCUGGAACGGCAGCUGGAAGAGCAGAAGAAACUCGCCAAGGACCAGAAGGCCAAGUCCCAAACCAUCCAGAACGUGGUGCUGAUGCCCGUCAGCGCUCCCAAACCCCCCAAACGACCCCGCCUGCAGCGUCCGGCCUCUGCCACCGUCCUCAGCCCCUCGACCCCCAUCCAGCAGCCUCAGUUCACGGUCAUCUCCCCCAUCGCCAUCGCCCCCGUCGGCCAGCAGUUCUCGGUGGGCAACAUCCCGGUGGCGACCAUCAGCCAAGGUUCCAGCCCGGUGACUGUCCACACUUUGCCUUCUGGCUCUCAGCUCUUCCGUUAUGCCACCGUGGUGUCUUCCUCCAAGACCAACUCCUCCGACACCGUCACCCUCCACCCAUCCUCCAGCCUGGCGCUGCUGAGCUCUGCUGCCAUGCAGGAUGGAGGUGCCCUGGCCAACGUGGCAGCCGUGGUCAACCCCGUGGAACUGGUGGCCAUGGAAUCCGGCCUCACCUCCACCAUCCAGGCCGUGGAGGGCACCUCGGAUGAUGGGCAGACCAUCAUUGAGAUCGACCCGGCGCCCGACCCCGAGGCGGAUGCAGACGAAUCAGAGGGCAAAGCUGUGAUCCUGGAGACGGAGCUGAGGACUGAGGAGAAAGUGGUGGGAGACGUGGAGGACCACCAGCACCACGUGCACAACGUGGAGAUCGUGGUUUUGGAGGACUAGUGGGAAAGGAGAGCAUCAGCUCGGGAAGGAGUUGGGAAUCUGUUCUAUUUUGGGCUUUUUUUUUUUGUUGUUGUUGUUCAGCAUACUUUCCAGCCGCCCCAUUUGUUUCCAUGGAUAUUUUCAUUGUACUGUAUAUAUUAUAUAUAUAUAUAUAUAUAAUUUUUUUUUUUAAA